AUGUCGCGCACUGUGGGCUUCACCGUAACACCACCGACAUUGAUCUCUGGAGAAAAGUGUAUCACCGACGAGAUGCCUACCGCGACUCUCCCAAGCACGGUUCAGAACCCUUCUCCAUUCUUACUCGAAGUCCACGAUGUCGACACGCUCAACCAGUCAGACGGAUUCACGAUCUUGAGACAGCACCUUACCGAGCAUUACACAUACGAACUGUGCGACACCCACACUCCAGCUCAUGUGGAGAACCUGGAGCGAUGGUUGAUUGUGCGCGAUGUCCUGCAUGCGCUUCUUGUGCCUGUGGUAGAACUUUUCGACAAGGCGUGUGGCGUUGCAGCGGCUGCCACUCAUGCGACGAAGUUGGAGGACCUAGAGUACGCCUUCACUGGUCAAUCGCGGAGUGCCUUUGUCUGGCUGCAAUGCUUCCUCUCCUCGGAGAAGGAGCGAGACUGGUGCUACACACGAGGAUGUCCUGCUUGCGUAAUCGAUCACUCUCUGGACUCUGAGUUUUCUAUCAGACUGCUUUACGCCGCCUGCCUACUGAGCGAUGUCCACUACCCAUUCACGAUCGAGGGACCUACGCUACCGAGCUUCAUGUUCUUUCUGGACGCACUGGAAAGGGCGAUUGAGGCAGAUGCACUGUACGGCGAGGACUUCUUUGAGCUUAUGCAGCCAAAGGCCGCAGCCACCCGAGACGGAAUUGAAGAGCUCAUCCACCAGUGCCUAGAGCUGGACGCACUCCUCUCAGAAGCGUCAACGCCGGAUCCGUCGAGCCCGGAAGCUUCCUUACCGGCAAGUCCAGUCAUGGGGCCCUGCGGUGGAACUCCCGGUAUCAAGAUCAAGCGCAGUAAGAUGGCUAAACGUCAGAUGAAAGUGCAAAUUGAGGAAGAGCAGUGGAUGGAGGAAAUGCUCAAAACGUGCUGGCAGCAGCUCCAGCCAGCUGUCGACUCCGGCUUGCUCCCAGCGUCAACGCAAAGCCUAGACGCUGUACUCAAGGCUGCGCCCACGGUCUUCGUGAACGAGAUCACACCUGAUUGA